GUGCAGUUGUGCAGAGCAUCUCGACGCCUCCCUCAGCGAGCCCGAGGAUCCCGUGCCAGUACUAGUUACUUCGUACAGCAAGCGCACGCCAAUAUCGACGGCGGAGCCUUUCCUUCGGCCUUGCCACGCAUGAAUUCUUGCGGACUGAUGGCUGUACAACACUUCGUUAGCACUUUAUCCGGGCUCCGACUGUGCCCGCAUCAGAGGGGCACGGGAACCCUCAACGCUGCUCAGGCUGCAGACAAAGCGAUUCGCUCGUCCUUACCGCUGCGGUGCAGUGAACACCCAGCAGCUGCCGGCCUGCCCGUCUCCUGGCCGAUGCAUGCAAACAUCCACUUGGUUGGCGGCUGCUCCGAUCUGCAGAAACAAACAACGCAGGAGAAGCGUCUGAAUCACCUCUCAGACCCGAGGUGUGGCACCCAAUCAAUGCCGUCUCCUGACAAGCUGGGCGGGAAGCUGGCUCUCAAACAGCAGAACACCGGAGACGACCGUUUCGGACUCCGGGCCCUGGUCGUUUACGAAGUACGCAUUGAAAGACUUACCGGGAGAUCUGGAGACCUCUUACUCUUUACGCCACGAAAGAGCGGGUCUUUUCGUGUCAAGAGAUCCAAAGUCUGGGGCACUAAACAGCACCACACUGGUGUACGGAUUAGUGGAGUUUUACUGGGCGUACCGAGUGCUCCAUAACUACACUACGUGGACACUUGACUCAAAACUUCGCCUCUCCCGUCAUCGCCCACAUGCCCGCGGGACACUACAAGCGGCAGCCAUCACUCCGUACCGCCUGGCCAAAGAAAGAAAAAGGGGAGGGAGACAGAAGUAAAGAGUCAGCUCGUCACGGGGCCUCGGCUGACUUCUUCGCCCGGACAUCAGCCCCGCCGUUUGGCUCUCUUGCAUUCACUUGUGUUCUCGGCCCACACCCAUCUCAUGAGACCAGAGAGAGUCUUUUGCUCACCCUUCCCGUUGUUUGGCUGGCCCGACCGGCAUGUGGGGCGAGGAGGCAGAGGUGUGGGGUGGCGGGAGGUGUGUGUGUGUGUGCGUGUGCAUGUGUGCGCGAGAGUGAGAGAGGAAGCUGUGACACAUUGCAAUGGCUUGUUCGCUUGCGCGAAAGGUAUCGGGCCCAUUCUGUUGGCCACCAGGUCUCCCAAUCGCACGGCCGCCCAGGGUCCCGCCACAACACAUGUUCCCACCAACACCAUGCUCCUUCAGAACUAGCGCCGCGCACCCAAAGAUUAAGAAUAGGAUGGCGCAUCGCCGGUUUCAUAGGCUCCUCUAGUGUAAGGACAGGGGUGUUGUGCCGGGCCCCGAUACACCGCACUAACGUUACUAUUAGUUAGUGGGUGUGAGUACGAGUACGUAUACUUGAUACGUACUCCGUACCACGGGUGGUGGUGGUGGCCCACAGAGGCGGCACCCCUGGCCUGCCUGGUUCCCGCCUCUGGGCAUUGGCAUGGGCAGACGGCGCAUCGAAGACUGGGCCCGUCUGACAUGGGACCUUCCGAGGCCAAUAAAGCCACUGCACACACAGCUCGAAGCCAUCGGGCAAGAGAAGGGAAAGAAG